UAACUCUGUAAAUGUAUUUUAGAUGGUGAUCAGAUGAAGAUAAGAAGCUCCAGAGAUGACGGAGAGUUUAAAAGAGGAGAAGCAGUCACACUGAACUGUUCUGCUGCAAUCUGCACUAUCCACCAACUGGAGGUCACCUGGUUCAGAGAUGGCCACGCCCUCUCAGAAACUGGCCCCGCCCUCCAUCUCAACAACCUGACUGCAAAGGAUUGUGGGAACUACACCUGUGGUUUGAAGAAGAACAACCGCACCCUCUCAGUGCCGUACAGCCUGCAUGUGGAAGAUCAGAUGAAGAUAAGAAGCUCCAGAGAUGAUGGAGAGUUUAAAAGAGGGGAAGCAGUCACACUGAACUGCACCACAAGCUGCACUAUCCACCAACUGGAGGUCACCUGGUUCAGAGAUGGCCACGCCCUCUCAGAGACUGGCCCCACCCUCCAUCUCAGCUAUCUGACUGCAAAGAAUUCUGGUAACUACACCUGUGGUUUGAAGAAGAACAACCGCACCCUCUCCGUCCCGUAUAGCCUGCAUGUGGAGGCUGACGAGGAAGGAGGAGGUCUGCCUCUGAUUGUUGGUCUCGUGGUCGGGGUCCUGCUGUUUCUCUUCGCUGUUAUUCUGGUCGUCUGCAUCAUCAAAAGGAAGAGAGCAGCAGGUCUGGAUCAGACAGCCGUGGGACGGGACGGGGAACAAGAGCACUCUGAUAACAUCUACAGCAACGACUUCCUGCCGCUUGCUGAGCAGCAGGGACCCAGCAGGGCUGUGGAGGAAGUCAGCUACGCCUCGGUCCAGUUCACACACAAGAAGCAGGCCAGACCGGUGGAGGAGGUGGAGGACUCCAUCAUCUACAGCUCUGUAGCCAGAACAGGCUGAAGACAAACCACACCAUGAUGGCAGAUAAUCAGUUUUAUAUAUAUU